AUCUCUCUAAAUGCUCUGAGAAGCAGACAAGGAGCCGACUUCUUCUCUCACAAUUUAAGAAUGUAGCUGGAUUCUUCACGCCUCCCAGCUGACUUCGGGGGAAAAAAGCACUGCUCAGCAAAGGUCCUGGUCACCAUGCAGAUUCACACUUGCUUCUUUUUUGCCUGCCUGACUGUGGUGAGUCGUGUCUGGGGCCGAGUGAGCAGCCAAGGGUCAGGUCGACUGAAGCUCACUGUCCUUUCGGAAGACAGGCUCCAAAUGAAAUGGAAGGAAACCGAAGGGAACAUCAAUGGCUACAAAGUUCGGGUAAAGCCCAUGGCAGGGGACUCGGAGCAAGAAGUUAUGCUGAAAACCAAGACUCCCAAAGCCACAGUUGCGGGGUUGAGCCCUACCAAGGAAUACACGUUGCAGGUCUAUGUGCUUAAUGGCUCCCAGGAAGCCCUGUUUGCCAAAAGGAAAUUCGUGAUUGAGGAGCUCAAAAAUGCAUCCCAGACGAGAAAUAACCGAAGAAACGCAGGAACUAUGUCAGAAAAGAAUCUCACUUCUUCAGGAAGUUCAGCAGCUGAGCACAGCUCAGUGGCAGAGGCCACUCCACCACCCCUGAAUGCAGUCUUGACACAGACAGCAAAGGACAGAACUGAAAAGAAAAGGCAGAGAGGGAGUCAGUCAAAGGUCUCAGGUGAAGCUGUGAGAAACCAACCCAGUGCUGAGGCCAGUGUGACAGAAACAACACCAACAAGCACUAAAUCAUCGCAGCGCACUCCUGCAAACUCAGGACGAGAAUCUCUAGGCAAAGAAAAACCCACAAAGGAUUCGCUGAAGAGAGGUUCCCAGUUUCAGUGUGACACGUCCGCAAUGAUUGAUAUCGUCCUGCUUGUGGAUGGGUCUUGGAGCAUCGGACGCAGCAAUUUCAAGCUCAUUAAAGAGUUCCUGAGCACUUUGAUUUCCCCGUUCAAUAUUGCACAGGACGAGAUAAGAGUAGGGUUGUCCCAGUACAGUAGUGAUCCCCGCACAGAGUGGGAUUUGAACACUUACGCUACGAGGGACGAGGUGCUGGAGGCCGUGCGGAGCUUGCGGUACAAGGGCGGCAACACAUUUACAGGCCUUGCUUUGACUCAUGUCCUGGAACAGAAUCUAAAACCAGAAUCUGGUGCCCGACUGGAGGCAGAGAAAUUGGUGAUCCUCUUGACUGACGGAAAAUCCCAAGAUGAUGCCAACCUGGUUGCUCAGACCUUGAAAAACAUGGGUAUAGAGAUAUUUGCCAUUGGGGUGAAAAACGCUGAUGAGGCAGAGCUGAAGCAGGUGGCCUCGGAGCCGCUGGAGCUCACAGUGUACAAUGUGCUGGACUUCCCCUUGCUGAGCUCUCUGGUUGGCAGGCUCACCCGCGUCUUGUGCACCAGGAUCAAAGAGAAGAGGAACAGCGAAAGCACAGGUAGCACUGUGAAAGAUAUCCCUGGGAACUCGAGACCCCAGCUGAGCCCAACUGACCUUAGAAUAUCAGCUGUGACCUCUAAGGGCAUGCACUUGACCUGGAAUCCUCCUCUGAGACCACCGAAGAAAUACCGUAUUGUGUAUUAUCCAUCUAGGGGUGGCAUCCCCAAAGAGGUGCUUUUAGAUGGAGCAGUCUCCUCUUUGCAGCUUGCCAACUUGACCUCGCACACAGAAUAUUUGGUGUCAGUGUUUGCGCUUUAUGACACUGUUGUGGGAGACGGGCUGAGAGGCGUCACCUCCACAUUGCCUCUGUCUUCCCCCCGUUCCCUGCGCGUUGCUGAGCUGAGUCACAACAGCAUGAGGCUGAGCUGGAAGGCAGCCCAGGGAGCGACGCAGUACCUGGUGCUCUGCUCAGCAGCCCCCAGAGGAGCAGAGGACUAUACGGUGGAGGUGAAAGUGGCCCAGCCUGAGGUUCUGCUAGACGGGUUGUCGCCCAGCACAGAGUACUCUGUCGCGGUGUAUGCAAUGUAUGGGGAAGAUGCGAGUGAUCCAGCCAGCAUCCAGGAAACCACCUUGGCCUUGAGUCCUCCUAGAUACCUGAGUUUCUCCGAGAUCAGCCAUGCAUCGGUCAGAGUCAGCUGGGAGGCUGCGUCUCAGGCAGUGAAAGCUCACCGCGUGACCUACGUCUCUAGCAGAGGGAGCAACACCGGAGAGGUUGAGGUUCCUGGCACUGCAUCAUCCACUGUCCUAAAACCUUUGUCCUCAUUCACUCAAUACUUUAUCAGUGUCAGAUCUACAUAUGAUGAAGGCGACUCCUUUCCAAUUACUGGCAACGUUACCACGUUAAAGGUCCCCCCACCACGUGCACUGAAGGUUACCGAGCUCUCAGGAAACAAUCUCCAACUGCAGUGGGAAGCUGUCGCUGCUUCAGAUGUGGUUGUCUAUCAGAUCAGAUGGAGUAUCCUCGGUGGAGAGAAGUCUCAGGAGCUCUCGGUCGCUGGAAAUGUGGCAACCACCGUUCUGCCAAGCUUGCAGAAGAACACAGACUAUAAGAUAUCCAUGUGGGCCUAUUACAAAGAUGGUGCUCGGAGCGACACAGUUUCGGUUCAGCACAGGACCAAUUCCCGGGGCCCACCCACCAACCUCUUCAUCGACUCUGAGACCCCCACCAGCCUCCAGGUCCACUGGAAACCCCCCGAUGGCCGCAUACAGCACUACAAAAUCACCUACAGCCCUGUUUCUGAUGACAGUGCUCGGCAAACAGUAAUGGCUUCUGGCAAAAGCAGCAGUGUCACCCUGCAGUCCCUGCUGCCCGACCGAGCCUACAAGGUGACCAUUUCUGCUGUCCACAACACAGGAGAGAGUGAAAGCAUGUCCACAACAGGCCGAACGGCUCCUGUAUUGUCUAAACUCCCUUCAAUACGAGGAUUUGUUCCAUCUAAAGCAGAGGCCUGCCCCACCAUCAGCUCUCCUGAAGGCUCUGUACGAGGAUUUGACAUGAUGGAAGUUUUUGGAUUAGUAGAGAAGGAAUAUGCCUCCAUUAAAGGAGUAGCUAUGGAGCCGUUCGUGUUCAGUGGUUCCCGUACCUACACUCUGUUCAGAGAUACUCAGCUCACCCAGAGAACUAGCGACGUGCACCUCUUUGCAAUCCCACCUGAGCACACCAUCAGCAUCCUGCUCCGCCUCCUGCCCGACACCUCCAAGGAGCCCUUUGCUGUGUGGCAAAUAACAGAUGAGGACUUCCAGCCCCUCCUUGGUGUUAUCCUUGACUCCAGUAAGAAAUCCUUGACCUAUUUCAAUCAUGACUACAAGGCUGAUUUACAGGAAGUCUCCUUUGACCAACAGGAAGUGAAGAAGAUUUUCUAUGGGAGCUUUCAUAAGGUGCACGUGGCAGUGAGCCAUUUCAAGAUCAAACUCUACCUGGACUGUAAGAAAAUAGCAGAGAAACCUAUCAACACCAUUGGUAGCAUCUCCAGUGCUGGCUUCAUCAUGCUGGGAAAAGUGACAAGGACUAGAGGGCCAAGAAGUGGGUCAGCAUCGUUCCAGCUGCAGUCUUUGCGGAUUGUGUGCAACAGUUUAGGGGCAGAGGAAGACAGAUGCUGUGAUCUUCCUGCAUUGAGAGAUGAAGAGACCUGCCCUACCUUAGCUCCUGCCUGCACUUGUACAUCUGGCCUUCCAGGCUUACCAGGACCUCCAGGGCCCCCUGGCAGCCCUGGUAGGAGAGGACCACAAGGGGAACAAGGAGAGCCGGGGCCUAAGGGUGAACCAGGCCCACCCGGACAAGUGGGGCCAGAGGGUCCUAGUGGCCAGCAAGGCUCUCCAGGUUCCCAAGGGAUCACGGUUCAGGGUCCUGUGGGACCACCAGGAAUUAAAGGAGAGAAAGGAGACACUGGAAGUCCUGGCAUGCAGGGCAUUCCUGGUGUGCAGGGAGCUCCAGGCAGGGAUGGUCUUCAAGGUGCAAAGGGGGUGAGAGGACUAGAAGGCACAGCUGGGCCUCCAGGACCACCUGGACCAAGGGGUUUCCAAGGAGUGACAGGCUCUCGAGGCAGCAGUGGAGAGAAAGGACCUCCAGGUGACGUUGGGCCAACAGGGCUUCCAGGUCCAAAAGGAGAAAGAGGAGAGAAAGGGGAACCACAGUCCCUGGCCACAAUUUACCAGCUAGUUAGCCAGGCUUGUGAGCGGAUGAUUCAGACUCAUGUGUUGAAGUUUGACUCAUUCAUUCAUGAACAUGCAAGGAAACCAGUUCCUGUUUGGGAAGAAAAAUUAAAACCAGGAGAACCAGGACCACCAGGUCCUCCAGGUCCCCCUGGGAGCAAUGGAGAAAGAGGAGAAAACGGCAUCCCUGGACAGCCAGGCAAAGAUGGAUAUCCUGGAGAAAGAGGCGCACCGGGGCCCAAGGGUGAAAAAGGGAUGCCUGGAGCCACUGAGGAAGGAAUCCAAGGACCCAGAGGCAGAACAGGCCCACCAGGAGAAAUAGUGCUGGGGAAACCAGGUCCAAAGGGUUCCCCUGGAAAUGCCGGUCCUCAAGGUUUUCCUGGCAUCAGAGGGCAUCCUGGACAGUCUGGAUAUCCAGGGGGUUGUGAUAUGUCUGGAUGUUAUGGGACAGGUAGAAGAGAUUUCAUCCCCUGACUGCUGAUGCAGAGGCAGCUGAGGAUAGUGCUUUGCCCUGGCAAGCUCUGGGUGAAGGCUCCACAUACUCUGAGAGAAGCAGCAAUCUGAAUGCCAAAUGCAUUGUUUGUUUGUUUGUUUUUUAAACCUUCCAUCAUUUCUGUAAGGACAUGUCAAUCAAAGACUGGAGCCACCAAACCAGACUGCAUACAGAUGAGCUCCUGUCAUCCUCUCCUGUUUUUCUGAUCAGCAUCGGACAACUGUAGUGUUCAAAUUCACAUCGUGUGUUCCACACAAAGCAAAGACACGGUCAGCAGUGCAGGCUGAUAGACUUUAAAAUAAUAAUAAUAAUAAUGUAUUGAAAUGCUCAGAAAUAACAUAGGUGAUUUUUGCCAGUUUGUGCUUUAUUUCUGUCACGUUACUGUGGGUCCCUAGCGCAGACAAAAACAGCACCUCAUGCCUGAAGAUGCAAAUCCACUGGAACAAAAUUGUUCUCUCUGUUGGCUGACAGUGUAAUAAAAUCUAGCGCCCCUUUGACCGUUUCUGCUUUUGGCUCCGUGCUGAUGGCUUCCUCGCAGUGGCAUUGUGUGCACAAGCACCACAGACAGCGCGAUAACCUUCCCGUGAUGUGACAAACCCACCGUUUAGUCGUGCUCUCUGGGGCUUGAUAUCUGUCAAGCAAGGCCUUAGAUCAGACAGAGCGCAAUCAUGUACCGAGAGGAGCUGGAGAUUAACCUGGUGGCCUUUUCCAUCUCUGCCUCCUGCAAUCUUAGUAGCUACUUUACAUUUUAUCAGGUAAAAUAUUGAAUAGCUCUGAGCCUGACUUUUACCCAUAUGACAUGGAGGUAAUUGCCACGUUACACCCUUCUCCUUGUGUGAGCUCCAGUCUAAUAUGUAUUCACAGCAGACUGUACCGAUGCUGAUAAAAUGUGCCUGCUGCUUUGCGUUGCUGCUUUAUACUGUGCUCAGUUAUGCUGGCUGUAAACUUCCUCUGCUGCCAAACAGUUGUUUAUGAACUUAGAUUUAUACAGCGAGAAACAAAUUCUGUGAAUGAAGUAUUUUGUGUUUGUAAAAGCAGAAUGGAGCAAAAAGUAUCAGUACAGAUUUUCAGAGAUGCUAAGAGGCAAAAAAUGGAGUUUGAUUCAUAUUCCUGUGCACUUAAUUGGGGUAUGCAAUUUCUGUAGCCAUGUGUGGGCUGGUAGCCGUGUGUUCACAUGGCUAUAGCUAACUUCUGAAUUCUUAAUUCCAAAUAAGUCCAGAUUUAGGAACCAGAUUGUAAAGCAUCCAACGGAGAGAGGCUUCUCUUAAGAAAGUAAGGUUGUUUCAA